UUCUCCUCCUCCUCGCCAACCAAAACCAAUAAUAACAACAACGGCGGCCGGCCGGAAGACCCUGGCGCGAGUCGCGGCCAUUUCCGCCUCCUCCUCCUCCUCCGCUGAGGGAGGAAGAGGGGUGUCAGUGUGCGCUCUUCUCUUUGACUGAAGUGAGCGAAGGGUCGCGAGAGCGUUGCCGCCGCCGCCGCCGCCGCCGCCGCCAUGAAGCUCCGAGUGCGGCUGGGGAAGCGAACGGCUCAGCUGGAGCUGCCUGAGGAGGAGGAGGAGCAGGAGCCAACGCUGGGGGAACUGCGCGCGUAUCUCUGCCAGGAGCUCCUUCCCGCCUGGGGAUACAGCUCUGAAACCAAGUUUGCAAUUACCUUGAACAACAGAGACUCAUUGGCUGGAGACCAGGACACCCUAGCAUCAUUUGGGAUUGUUUCAGGAGACUUGAUACGUUUGAUAUUAGAAGAUGGUGCAGCACUCAGAUUAUCUCCACCUUCCUCAUCAUCCCUUACUCCAUCACAGAGUAAUCAUGAGCCAUCUGCUGCAGCUACAUUUCACAGCCAACCCAGUGAUGAAGAUAAUGAAUUACAUAAUGGACACAUAGCAGACUGUAAAAUCCAGAGUGAUGAGGAAAUGAGUGACAAUAUGGCAGGAUCCAGUCAAGAGUUCACUUCAGAGAUGGCUUCAGAUGACUUUGACCUCCAAGAAGCUGCAGGUUCAUAUCCUUCAGAGCCAAUGCUUUGCUGUGAAGCUACAGAUGGGCAAGUGCCGCAUUCACUUCAGACUCUCUACCACUCUGCAGAGUGCACCAGUGCCAAUGAUGCUUUGAUAGUUUCAAUCCACCUUAUAAUGAUGGAGACAGGAUAUGUACCGCAAGGUACAGAAGCAAAGGCAUCAUCAAUGCCUGAGAAGUGGAGAAACAAAGGUGUUUAUAAGCUGCUGUAUACUCAUCCACUGUGUGAAAAUGGCUUUGCAGUCCUUACAUGUGUGCCUUUGGGAGAUCUUAUUGUCGUUAAUGCAAUGUUAAAGAUUUCUAAUGACAUCAAAAGUGUGAAGAGGCUGCAGCUUCUGCCAGCAUCCUUCAUUUGCUUUCAGGAUUCAGCAGAUGUUAUAGGGGUGUAUAAAGAUCUUCAGAAGCUGUCUCGUCUCUUUAAAGAUCGGCUGGUUUACCCUCUUCUGGCUGCUGCCCGGCAAGCUUUGAACCUACCUGAUGUGUUUGGAUUGGUGGUCCUUCCACUGGAGCUGAAACUCCGAAUUUUCCGUCUCUUGGAUGUCCGCUCGCUUCUCUCUUUAUCUGCUGUUUGCCAUGACCUCUAUGCAGCUUCAAAUGACCAGCUAUUGUGGAGAUUCAUAUAUCUGCGUGAUUUUAGAGAUCCUGUUGCCAGGUCUCGUGACACAGACUGGAAGGAGCUGUACAAGAAAAAAUUGAAGCAGAAGAGGGAUGCCCUGAGGUGGAGACACAUGAUGUUUUUACCCCCUCCUCCCCUUCCCCUUCCCCUUCAUCCCAACCCACUGUAUCCUAAUCCUUUUCCACCUAACUGUCUGUACCCCCCAAUUAUCAUUGGUGGUGAAAUUGAUGAAAGGCCUACACCUCCUUUCAUUAGUGACCCAAUCCACUCCCUGUUUCCUGCUUCUACAGAGUUUCUUCCAAGUGAAUAUCCUCCUCUUGGGUCACACUUUGAUACAUAUCCUUCUUUCAGGCCACACUUUGAUACAUUUGGGUCAUUUCAAGAUCCCAAUCCCACACUCCCAGGAAGAGCCAGUCGGGGACGCCCAAUUGAUAGUCGUCGUGCAUUCAUAUGAUUGCUCCUGUGGCCUGCAGUGUUUUAAUCUCCCCAUUCCUGGGCUUGCUUUGAAACUGUACAAUACUUCAGCUAUAGGUUUUUUGAUGACUGACUGUUUUAACUAUAGCAGUGCAUAUGUACUCUGUAUUCUGAUUCCAAGGACUUGGGCCCAAAAAUUUCAGUGCAAACAAGCAGUGCUGCCUCACUGGAGAUACUUUUUGAAGGAUCUGUGUAGGACACUAUUCUUUCCACUUCCAUCUGCAAAUUGCUUCUUAGAAAGCAUAAGAUGGUUGGCCUUUGCUGCCUCAAAUAAACAGCACUUUAAACACGAA